CGCUGAGAUCAACCGCAUGAUCCAGAGGCUGAGAUCUGAGAUCGACCACGUGAAGAAGCAGUGCGCCAGCCUGCAGGCUGCCAUUGCUGAUGCCGAGCAGCGUGGGGAGAUGGCCCUCAAGGAUGCCAGGGGCAAGCUGGAAGGGCUGGAGGACGCGCUGCAGAAGGCCAAGCAGGACAUGGCCAGGCUGCUGAAGGAGUACCAGGAGCUCAUGAAUGUCAAGCUGGCCCUGGAUGUGGAGAUCGCCACCUACAGGAAGCUGCUGGAGGGCGAGGAGUGCAGGUUGAAUGGUGAAGGCGUUGGACCAGUCAACAUCUCUGUGGUGCAGUCCACUGUGUCCAGCGGCUAUGGCAGUGCAGGAGGCGCCAGCAGCAGCAUAGGCCUGGGAGGAGGCAGCAGCUACUCCUACAGCAGCAGCCAAGGCCUUGGAGGUGGCUUCAGUUCUGGCAGUGGCGUCAGCCGUGGCCUCAGCUCCUCGGGUGGCAGCUCCUCCACCAUCAAGUACACCACCACCUCGUCCAGCAGGAAGAGCUACAGGCACUGAAGCCCCUCACCCCAGAUCCCUGCCGAGAGCCCUGUGCUCAGGUGCUAUUCCUGCUGGUCUCCCAGCUCUGCUCUCUGGCUGGGGCUGAGGAGGCUGAGCCCUGCUGCUCCUCUCUCUGCUCCCCUCAGGUCCCCUCUGUUCCUCUUCUCAUUGCCAUCCUCUGAUUCAGGUCCUUGCUCACUCACAUGAGCUGCUUCCAGUUGUCUUAGGUCACCGGGCUCCUGCCUCCCAGCUCUGCCUCUGAGGCUGCCUGGGAAAGGGUAUCUCUGUCCCUUUCCCUCUGGAAGUCUUUGUCUGGGUCCUGCUCACACCCAGAGGAGCUCCCCUUCAGUGUCCAGUGGCCUGAGAAAUGCCAUCUUUCACCAUCAUGCACCUUCCUGGCAGUAACUAUGUAGCACAGGUCAAUAGUCCUGUGCUGAACAGAGUCUGUGUCCUGUAAUGUCUCCUCUGCUCUUUGCUUUCCUCAAGUUGCUAA